AUGGCCAAGGACAAAGAGCGCUCCGUCAACCCAGCCGCAGCACAGCGGAAACAAGACAAACAAAAAGAAUUGAAGAAAGGCAAAGCCGAAGCACAAGCGCGACGAAACGAAAAACUCGCUCGCCGCAACCCAGAACGCAUUCAGCGCCAGAUCAAUGACUUGAAAGCAGUGGAGGAAGGGGGCCAAAAGCUUCGGCCGCGCGAUAAGGAGAUUCUCGAAGCGCUCGAGAAGGAUCUCCGUGGCGUGUUGAAGGCGCGCGAAGCUCUUGGCGAAAAAGCUCCCCGUUUCAGCCAGAGAGGGUCCGGCCAGGAUCAGGGUCAAGGUCAGGGCAGGUGGGGUGGCGAGGGCGUGUUGGGGAAACGGCAACGAGGCUCAGAUGAAACACGGAUGCCUCGCGAUAGUGAAAGUAGCGACACAGACGAGGAUGUGCGACGCAUACCCAUGCCGCGCGAUACGCCACCGCCUAUUCCGCAGAACCGGAGGCAGGGACGGGGACAGGGACCGGCGGAGGGGCGUGGACCUCAUCCGCUACCAUCGCGGCCAACGCCUGUUGUGGAGGCUAAGACGGUUUACGAGGCGAAGCCUGAGAUUCGGGAUCUACGACAGGAGGCUACGAAUAAGUUCAUUCCGGCUGCGGUCAGGAUGAAACAGCAGUCGAUUAGGGGGCAAGGGAAAUUGCUGGAACCAGAGGAGAUGGACAGACUUGAAAAAGCUGGCUAUAAUGCUGGUCCGGAGGUCCGCGCUGGUGAACAGUCAUUAGAAGAGGAAGAGGAGCGAUUUAACAAGGAGCUCCGGUCUGUUCAGGUGGAAGAAGUUGAGGAUGAGCAGGCAUGGGCCUAG